AUGGAAUAUAAGCAGCACAUCAACUUAGAUCUAAACUCGUUGAAGCGCGACCUACUGAACGACGCAGCAAACAGCAAAAUAGAAAACUCAACAGAGAUAAUCCUAAACGAACUUUCCUUCCGCACAAAGGAAACCCUCAGAGCGGUCUAUGAAGGAUCUCCCGCUGAAGCUAAAGCAUUAAUAGAUAGUUUCCUGCAGGAAAAUUUAAAUCGGAUCUUCAGCACGAUAAUUAGUACACACUGUGUAGUAAGUCCAGAAGCAGUGGAAAUCCUCACGAAAGAAGCCACCGCAGAACUCUCCUCCGAACUCUCACGGGAACUCUACAUCCUAAGCGAAGAAAUAGACGCUUUUAUCGCCAACCAGAAAGUCCUAUACCUGAAAAACGCCCGUAGGCUUCUUGCUAUUCAGGUGGAACUAUUUACCCUUCUAAAGGAGGCCUUCGAAAGGAGCUGCUCCUGUGCCCAGGAAAUAUUUAAGAACAAAAUAAUGAAAAAAUAUUUCAAACAGUGCGAUCUCGAACAUUCCUUCUACAUGGACGAGCAGAGACUGGGAAAUAUGGGUUAUAUUCUGGAGAAGCGCAUAGUCGAGGAACAGGAGAACGAUCUUGCACUGAAGGAGGCAGAGGAGAAGAAAAAAGAGUUCCAUGCUCGGGGGAAUCCCAUAGAGAUGGAAAGAUAUGUUUUAAAGCGAGUCUUUGAGAAGAUGCGAGCUCGUUGCUCUUCUGACAAGUACCGUUCCAACGUAUAUUAUUGCCUGAAAAAAACAAUGGAAAAUAACGGAAAUAUUAUAAGCCCAGAGGAAACAGACUUUUUGCGAGUGUACAACCCGAAUAACCCAAAAAAUCUUUUUUCCGUUGGGGAACUCGCUAAGAAAGUGAAGCUAGCAGAAGAAGUGUGCUUGAGCGAGGGAAAUGAGCUGCACUACAACGCAAAACAGAUGGAAGAAUCUGCUGAUUCACUGAUAUCUGGCAUGCAUGGCCAAUUUAAGAAGGAUGUAUGGCCGUAUUCAGUCUCUUCAUCUGCAGAACUGGUGAGGACUGCUGAAGAAAUGACGAAAAAAAUGCAGGGAUCUGAAAAAACGGAAAUGGAGGAGUUCGUGCGGGAGUUGAAGAGAAUCAACGCUCAGCUAGAAAGUCUCCACAGCUCUUCCAAAGGUCCUAUGUGUGCAGUUUCCAAAAAGCUAAGCUCGGGCUCUUUGCUGGAAAAACUGUCUGCUGAGUCUGUGAGUGCAGAAUUUGAAGGUUUUACUGCCUCUUUAAAAAAAAUACAGGAAAAAUUUCCAAAUGGGGAAACAAAAUCAGGUUACAAAAAAGCUUUGCAGGACCUAAUAAGCCAUACAGAGGCAGCGAGGGAAAGGGAGGAGGCGAUAUACGAGCAUUCUACGCAGAUGAUGACGGCCUGGAAUAGUCCUUCGAGUGAUACGGCUUCUUUGGUCUUGGAGGUUAUGCGUACGCUUGAAGAAUUCCCGAAUAACCCGGUGCUGGAGGAAAAAGUGAAAAAAAUGUUUGAGGAAAUCCUUAAAAAUGAGCCGCAGCGCCUGCUGACUGUUGAAUCUAUCGUUGAAAAUGAAUACUUUCAGGAGGAACUGCAAAAAGUGUUCGAUCGUCUUGAUAAAGAGAUAGUCGAACUUGAGAGGAAAGCUUUGGAGGAUAACGAAAACGCCGACCGCGCGGAAGGACCACAGUACGGCUCACUUCUUUGGGGGCCUUGCAUGCUUAUGGUUGUGUCGGUGGUGGGACUGCUGUUCUACGACUCUGGAACUGCCUGA